AUGUCAAAAAACGAUGAACGUCGAUUGAACCGUUUACAACUGACAACUGCUCAACAAGAAGAAAUCGUUCGUCGUAUUCGUUACCCACGUCAUGUUGGUAGUGAUGGUAUUGUUCGACCUUAUAUUGCUCAUGAAGCUAUGGGAUUUUAUAUUCUAAAUCGAUUAGAAGAUGGAAAUUAUGCCAAAUCGGAUACAUAUGUUGCUCAUAUCAAUUGUUCUGAAAAUCCGCUGUCAUGGUUAAUGGCAACAUCUAAACGAUUAUUAUUUGUAACUGAAAUAUCAUUUCUUGGUUUAUAUGGACUCGAUUGGAAAAUAUCAUAUGAAGAUUUAAAAGAAGAACCAAUUAUAAAAAUAAAUACAAAUCAAAUUCAAAUUUUAACCAAAAAACCAAAAGCAAUUGGAACUAUAAGAUCGCAUACAUCAUUUAGAAAAUUAGUUAAAUUUAAAACUAUAUCUGAUGCUAAAUAUAUCGUCGAUAAAAUUGAAAGUGCGAUGCAUGCCGUUGGUCUUUAA